AUGCAGGAGUGGUUUGACAUUAUCAAUGAUACAGGUGUCCACCUUUGGUUAAAUGGACACACGCACGGAGAAAAUCAUGACUAUUCGUCGUCUCUUGGUGUCCAUUUCGUUGAUAACGGCGCCGGUGGUGGUAUCAUUAAGGAGUCCGCUAGUGGCAUCCCGACGUAUGCGGAAGGUUAUGUGGAGAAUCUUUGGGUGUACGACGGUACGGAGUAUGGUUUCUUUUCUCUUACUGCGUCGAAGAAGCUGCAGUAUCACACGGCAGAUGACAAGUGGUCGUAUGCGGAGAGUUUUAACUCGACCAGUGUGGGUGGUGUGGCUACAAAACAUUGCUGGUACGUCCCGAACGACGGAGGUGAAGGUCAAGAGUGCACGUCGUCGUCGAGCUCUUCUUAG